GAGCCAUUGCGCACGCUCCGAUGAUGUGUGUACCGAAGAGGGCAGCCUUAACAUCGUGGACACUGCACUUUUAGGAGCUAUCCAGGGAUUCUUCAUGAAUAAAUAAAACCUCAAAACUUCAAUGAAAUGCUGCUGCUCCAACGCUGCUCCCGCCUGACCCGGCUCUGCUCCAUCAACUCUUACAGACACCCGGUGACUCCCGCCUUAGCCCCCUGCGCCGCUCACUUCAGCAGUGACACACACAGAGGCUCGGAGUUCAGAUGGAGCAGGCGCUGGACUCAGGCUGUGGCUGGACUCUUGGCUGGGACCGGAGCAGUGCUGGUCUACGCCCUCAACCAACACAAGGCUGAGAAAGCUGAUGCCAUCACUGGACAGCCGGUCGAUAACCUCUCCCCUUCUUCACCUUCUUCUUCUUCUUCGUUGCCGAUUUUCAGUCAGGAGGAGGUUUCUCGACACCGCUCUCUGCAGGAUGGAGUGUGGGUCACGUUUAAAGGAGGCGUCUACGACAUCACUGAGUUUGUGGCCAUGCAUCCUGGAGGAAACAAAAUCAUGUUGGCAGCAGGAGGCGCUGUUGAGCCAUUCUGGGCCCUGUAUGCUGUCCACAACCAAGAACAUGUGCUGGAGAUUCUGUCAGAGUACAAGGUGGGGGAGCUGAGAGCUGAGGACCAGAAGAAGCAGCAGAGUCUAAACCAGUCUGACCCCUUCUCCUCUGACCCCGAACGCCACCCUGUCCUCCGCAUCAACAACCUCAAACCAUUCAACGCCGAACCUCCUCCCGAAAUCCUCACCGAGAGCUACGUCACCCCCAACUUGUUUUUCUUCAAACGCAACCACCUCCCCGUUCCUCGCGUCGAUCCCAAAACCUACAAGCUGCAAAUCGAAAUCCCGGGACCCACCGGCGAAAGAGGAGGCGGGCUGUCGCUGUCUUUGGACGAACUGAAGAACAAAUUUCCCAAGCACACAGUGACCGCCACUAUUCAGUGCGCGGGGAACAGACGGUCGGAUAUGCACAAAGUGAAGAACGUUAAGGGGUUGAACUGGGGGAUUGGCGCGAUCGGGAACGCGACCUGGAGCGGGGCGAAACUCCGAGAUGUCCUGCUAGCCGCCGGUUAUACUUCCGAUGACGCGAACUGGGCGAGGCACGUUCAGUUCGAAGGCCUGGACCAAGACGUAGGAGGAACGACUUACGGAGCGUCAAUUCCACUUAGGAAAGCUGUUAGUGAAGACGGCGAUUGCUUACUUGCUUACGAAAUGAACGGGGAGGAAUUACCGCUAGAUCAUGGUUUUCCGAUUCGCGUUAUCGUCCCGGGAACUGUAGGUGCUCGGAAUGUAAAAUGGCUCGGCAAGAUUAUCAUUAGUGACGUAGAAAGUAGUAGUCACUGGCAACAAAAUGAUUAUAAAGGGUUUUCGCCAUGUACGGAUUGGGAUACAGUCGACUACAAAACCGCACCUGCCAUUCAAGAGUUACCAAUUCAGUCCGCGAUAACGGUACCAGCAGAUGGCGCGACAGUGGACCGAAGCGACGAGGAAGUUACUUUAAAAGGGUACGCGUGGAGCGGAGGAGGCAGGGAGGUGGUGAGAGUCGACGUUUCCAUAGACGGAGGGAAAACGUGGAAAAUCGCGCAGUUGAAAAGCUCGGAUAAGCCGCAAGACGACGUAGUCACGACGGCCCCUCCCGGUCAGGCGUGGGCGUGGAAGCUUUGGGAGUUGACGGUGCCGUUGCCAGCGGAUACGGAGGAGAUGGAGGUCGUGUGCAAAGCGGUGGACAGUAGUUACAACAUGCAGCCGGAUUCGAUUCUACCCAUUUGGAAUCUAAGGGGAGUUUUAAGCAACGCCUGGCACAGAGUGAAAGUCAAAAUACAAGAAGAAGAAGAAGAAGAUGACGACGAAUAAGUUAAGUUUACAUGGCAACAUAACCAGCUUUUGGAAGAAUACUUUGAAAUGUAUUUAUUUAGUUAUACAGACUAGUGAAUACUUGCUUUAAGAAUACUUGGGGUACUUUUACAUUGAGCUGCAUUUAAAUUAUAGUGUAGAAACACAACGUAGAGUUAAAAACAGCUUUAUUUAUUUCAUCAUAUGUUGUGCAUUUCCUGUCACUAAUUGGAGACAGGAAAUUCAUUUUUUAUUUUUGUUUUUCCUCAAUAAUACGAUGCAAUAUACCACAGUGUAGAAAGCAACUGUGAAUACUACCAGAUGAAAGCAUAACUGUACUGGAAUAGUUACUCAACAUAAGUGUUCUGAAGCAGAUUUUCGGUACACCUAUUUACUUCUCAACACUGAGCAUAACUUGAUUUUAUAAUGUCACCUCAUCUCAUGUCACCUCAACUACCUGGACUCGUGUUUGUUUUAUUCACAUGUUUCACUAAUCCUGCAUUUUGGAGGAUGUCACAAAGGCGCUGCCCUCUGCUGGACUGUACUCUUCACAUGUUUGAGUUUGUAUGUAUUUUUGUUUUGUUGUGUUUGACAUAUUCUGUUCGAAAGGAGACCAAGAUAAUACUAAAUAUCAUAGAAGGGCUUUUUAAAUAUAAAUAAAUAAAUAAAUUAAAA